CAGUCACAUCUGCUUUCGUUCUUCCCCAUGGCCGUCGCCGACGCGUCCUCCCCGACGACGCAGCGGAUAUUCCGCCACCUGAUCUCCCCCACCAAGUCCGACGCGAAGCCGUGGCCGCCGCCGCCGCUCCCGCUCCCGCUCCCGCUCCUCCUCCCCUCCUCCUCCUCCUCCUGCGCCGCCGCGAGGGGGGCCCGGUGCUUCGCCGGCGGCUUCAUCCUCACCUUCGUCGCCUGCACCGUCCUCUUCGUGCUCAACCCGGCCACCCACUCCUCCGCCCCCUGGCUCACCAACCUCCUCGCCGCCUCCGCCCCCGCCUACUCCUACAGAUCUCACUUCUCCUCCGUCCUCUCCCGCUUCCGCCGCGAUCCCUCCGAACCCGCCGCCGCCCUCUCGCCCCCGCGCCCUCGCCUUCCCGGAGACCUCGCCGUUCCUCGGGGCGACGAAGGAUCGGCCGCUCCGCAUUUGGACGAUCGGAGGAGGAGGAGCGGGAGCGGGAGUGGCGCGACGGAGAGAGCGAGCGAAGCGGCGUUGGGGUCGAGAGAGGACGGUGGAGAUGUGAAUGGCGAGAGUCCAUCGAGGAAGCAGAAGAAGAGGAGGAGGAGGAGGACGGAGAAUUGGCUGCGGUCGUUGAAGAAGUGCGAUGUGUACGCCGGGAGAUGGGCGAGGGACGGUUCUUAUCCGCUUUACUCGCCUGGUUCCUGUCCUCACAUCGACGAGCCAUUCAAUUGCUUUCUGAACGGGAGGCGUGAUUCUGGAUAUCUCAAGUAUAGAUGGCAACCGAACGACUGCGACAUCCCCAGGUUGAGCGGUCGGAAGAUGUUGAAAUUGCUGAGGGGAAAGCGUCUCGUGUUCGUUGGCGAUUCUCUCAAUAGGAACAUGUGGGAAUCGCUUGUGUGUAUUCUUAGAAACUCCGUUGAGGACAAGAGCAGAGUCUUUGAGGCUUCGGGAAGGGAAGAGUUCCGAACCGAGGGCUCCUACUCAUUCAUAUUUCAGGAUUACAAUUGCUCUGUGGAGUUCUUUCAAUCACCAUUCUUGGUGCAAGAAUCGGAAAUGCCUAUGGCGAAUGGAUCAAAGAGGGAGACGCUUCGACUAGAUGUCGUUGAGGGAUCGUCUGAUAAGUACAAGAAUGCAGACAUCCUUGUUUUCAACACUGGGCAUUGGUGGACUCACGAGAAAACUUCCAAGGGGAAGGAUUAUUAUCAGGAAGGCAGUCACAUCUACAGCCAAUUGCACGUGAAAGAGGCAUUUCGGAAAGCAUUGACAACUUGGGGAAGAUGGAUAGACUCCAACAUAGACCCCUCUAAAACACAAGUUUUCUUCAGGGGCUAUUCUUUUGGCCACUUUAGAGGAGGACGCUGGAAUUCCGGUGGGCGAUGUGACCGUGAGACCGUUCCAUACAACGAAGAGACAUACUUAUUCAAAUAUCCUCGAAAGAUGAGAAUCUUUGAAUUUGUGAUGAAGGGUAUGAAGACACCAGUCUUUUAUCUCAAUGUAACAAGGAUUACUGGUUUGCGAAAGGAUGCACACCCGUCAAUAUACAGGAUGCAGAAUUUAACAGAAGAGGAAAGGAGAUCACCAGUGCGAUACCAGGAUUGUAGCCACUGGUGCCUGCCUGGCGUUCCUGAUACAUGGAAUGAGCUCCUAUACAGUCAGAUUCUUAUUAGGGAAACAGAAAAGCGGCAAAAGAACAGCUGAGGAAAAUAGUAUAGAUAAAGGAACAGAAUGGUCUCCCUGCCUUCUUGGUUACGCCAAAUAAAUGAAUUACCUUUUAUAGCUUGCUUCCACGAACUGGAUGACAGGACCAUUCACGGUUGGGCCCGAGCUCUUCUGGUGGACAAAGAAGAUCUGCUUUUGAAGGGAAGGGACAGAAAGGGCACAUGGUCCCUGAACAUUUGCUUCGUUUUACUAUACAAAGUCAUGACUUUGCACUACUGGUAAAAGGGGCACGGAGAUGGGAUAAGAUUACAGAUCUCUUAGCUGCGAUCUCUGUUGAGGCUUGGCAACCUCUCUUCCGAACUGAUUAUUCAUUCGGUAUAAUGCCCCUUAAACUGUGAAAAGGCAAAUGGAUGCCCUUGAGCAAUGAAAAGCUGACGAUUAUUUUAGCAACUGUAUGUAGGCUUGAGUAUUGUUAUCACCGAUAGUUGGCAAUUUGCCCGUUUGGUUUUGGCAUUAUCAGUUAGUUUGCUUCCUUCGAUGUGCAACUUGAUCAGAAUUCAAUCUAGUAGGUUGAUUGGCGUUUGUUUCAUU